AUGGAGUUCACAAGCCCAUAUGACGACUAUCAAAAGGCUUUAGACUACGACUUCCACACUGAGGUGGCGCCUGGUAUUUGGACGGUCUGCACGAAACUUGACAGGACUAUCCUCCUGGCUCAUGAUAUCACCGAAGUGUUUACCGGGGACUCGGACUCGGAUUCGACCAGCGAAGCCCUAAGUGGCCUAUUAUCUACAAAUACAGUAAAUUUGUUCGAAAAGAUCGCGGCUAUCUUGAAUCACGAUAACCUGAUAUGCCUACGGGAUUGGUUCUCCGUUGCGAAGCUGAAUCCCAAAUCGAGGGAGUACGAAAAACGAACUUUCAUCGUCUGGGAUAAUUGCGACGCCGGCACUCUGGAAAAUCUGCUGGUUGAGGAAUAUGAAAAGUACACGCCAGACCAAGAGGCCGACAAGAGACCAUCGACCUCCGGUACCGAUGGGAAAUCAACAUCUAGUUCCAACAAGAGCAAGUUGAAUUCUGGUACCGAUGAAAAACCAAGCUCCGAUACUGAGAUGUCCGAUGUCCGUAAGGUAGAUCCGCCGACGAAAUUCUUACCAGAAUCCUUGUGCUGGCAUGUGCUCAUCUCGGUGCUAAAAGCGCUGGCCUGGUUGCAUGACGGCAGCCCAGAGCUCGUUGCCACUGGCCCCGGAAGAUUCGGGAUGGAUCCCACCCCGGAUUGGAAUCCCGCCUUACACCGGAACAUCACCCCCGCCAAUAUACACUUCCAACAGCCCAGGCGCAACGAGACUUACGGGCAGUGUAAGCUAGGAAACUAUAGCAGUUUAUACCUAUCGAGUCACCAUAACGGAGACGGGAAGUCUAAUGUCGAACGGGUUAGGGCUAAGGCCUUGGUUCCGCGGCCCGAAGGCCCGCACCAGCACUUGGACGAGCUCAUCCAGCAGGAUGCGAAGUACGGCUAUACUUAUAAGGAGCAGUCGGACCAGCCUUACACUGUCCUCAGUGGGUGGAGGGCUUUGGGCGAGAUCCUCCAGGCGAUGAUGAUACCCCCCUCGGGAACGAAGACCAACGUGGAGGAACAUAUCCAAAACGUAGCUCAGCACGGAGUGAGGUAUAAUCUCCAAAACGCGGAUUACUCCGCCGCGUUGAAGAACAUAGUGGUCAGACUAAUGACUCUCAACCCGGACGAGAAGUUAAAGGACGGAAAUUACCGUUUCCCGAACCGAGACACCUUAACCUCCAACCUGUGCGUAUUGGCCUUUGGGAGAUACAGGUUGUGGAGAGAAUUCUCACCCGAGGGCCAAGAGGUAACCACCGUCGAACACGAGCGAGUCGGACACGCCGCAGAAGACGCGAGCGCGGCGGCGGAGGCCGUGGCCGCGACCUUGGAGAUGUACAGGGCGGUGGAUAGCAUAGAAGAACAGGAGAUGGAGAAGGGGCCCUGGCGCUUGGAUGAUCACAUGGAUGGCGACAUUGACGUGUUCGAGGAUUCGGGCGUUACCACGUACGACAUGGCGCAUUUCGAGGAGGAGAUGGCAAUUCCUUACGAUGCGAUGUUACUCGAUGAGAAUUGGGAGUUUGAUGAUUAGUGGUGAUAUGUAGGUAGGUAAGUUUGAAUUAUCGUUGAUACUGGAAAGGUUGAUAGGUAGAUUACUUCGAGGAGCAGCAGCGGAUAGAUGAUGAACUAGAUAGGUGCAUUAUAAUUUUAAUUUUGGGUUGGGAAUACAGCAUUCUGUAUCUCAAGUGAUUCGAGGGUAUGCC